AUGUACAAUAGUGGUAAGUGUUUAGUAUGUUCUAGACAAGUUUACGUAGAUAAAAGGACGAACCAACCAUCAGAAUACUGUUCACGAAGCUGUCGUAAAAAUGCGGUAGAUUAUAACUACGUAGAAGCGUGCACGAUAUGUCAAAUUUAUCCGAAAAUGCUGGAAAGUGGCCAAAGAGUAGAUUGGUGCGGCUCAUUAUGCAAAGGAAAGCUUUUGAAUAGUAUUCCACCACCAAGUAUUCCACCACCACCUGAUAACAGUAUGAUCAACUCAAUGUACACAGCACCAAAGCAACCCAUUCAAUCAAAAGUUACUUAUCAAGAAUCAAUGGCUUACUCUAAUGAUAACAGUAUGAUCAACUCAACGUAUACAGCGCAAAAGCAACCCAUUCAGUCAAAAGCUGCUUAUCAAGAAUCAAUGGCUUACCCUAGUAAUAACAGUAUGAUCAACUCGACGUACACAGCACCAAACCAACCCGUUCAAUCAAGUAAUAACAGUAUGAUCAACUCAACAUACACAGCACCAAACCAACCCGUUCAAUCAGAAGUUGCUUAUUCGGACACUUACGCUUAUCCUAAUCAAACAAAUUCAGUAUCAAUAAUUUACCUUAACGAUAACAGUGUAAUCAACCCAAUAUACACAGUACCAAGUCAACCUAUUCAAUCAGGAGCUGCUUAUUCGGACGCUUACUCUUUUUCUGCAACAACACCAAAUCAGUACAGUCUUGAAAACAAAAAUUUUCAACAGAACACUCGAUCUUCACAGCAAGACAUCGAUUCGCCUAAUCGUCGUAAUGACGAAGUAAAGAAUGUAGCCACUUCACUUGCAAAGACUGCAGCGAAAACUGCAGCGGAAACUGCGGUGAAAAUUGCAACCAGAGCUGUAGUCAGGUCUGUUUUUGGUGUUUAA